AUACGGGCCAUAUACUUGCAUAAUCUGUCUUCCCUCUUUCACGCAUGUCUAGUACGAGGGGAUCUCGAUCGCGCUCGUCGGGCCUGGUCCAUCCUGGUUCAAUGUCGAGAAGUCGAUUGGAAAACAAGAUCGUAUUGGGGAUUAGAAGUCCUGCAGGCUGUACCUUCUAUCCCCAUCCGGCAGUCUCAAUUUACAGAUGACAAUCGUGAAGCUGAAAGGUGGUUGAGGACAUUGCAACUCUCGGCCAAAGAUCAUGACAAACCUCAAUUACUACUUGCUUUAGUCCUUCAUCUCAUCAAACAUGAUCGACAUCGUCAAGCUUUGGAUGAGCUUGAACUUUACCUACCUUCUCCUCCUUAUGACGAUGUGUCAACACUUCACACCUAUGCUGGAAUGUUGAGCUUCUAUUUGGCUCAACCU